AUGAACUUCGCGGGCACGCUGGUGGGGCCGUCGUUCGUGCGGGAGCCGCCGUCGCGCGUCGACUUCGCGAACGAGACGGGCGCGCUGGUGGAGUGCGUGGCGGCCGGGUCCCCCGCGCCGUCCGUGGGCUGGCUGACGGCCGACGGGCGCCCCGCGCUGCCUCUGGCCGGCGUGCGCCUGCUGCUCACCAACGGCUCGCUGCUCUUCCCGCCGUUCGGCGCCGGCUCCUACCGCCACGACGUGCAUGCCGCCACCUACCGCUGCAUCGCCGCCAACCCGGCCGGCAAGGUCGUCAGCCGCGACGUGCGCGUGCAGGCUGUUGUGCUGCAGCACUUCGACGUGCAGCUUUACUACAACAAAAACGUGUGGCUGGGCAACACGGCUGUGCUGCGCUGCACCAUCCCCAGCUUUGUGCGGGAGUUCAUAUCAGUCAGCUCCUGGCUCAAGGACUCCGCCUUCAACGUUUAUCCCUCUCUCAAAGGGGAUGGGAAGCUACACAUGCUGCCGACGGGCGAGCUGCUGGUGCGGCACGUGGACGACAGCGACCGCUACCGCUGGUACCAGUGCCGCGCCGUCAACAGACUCACCGGCCUCACCACGCUGAGCGCCGGCCGCGCCAAGUUCUCCGUCACCGGUGAGCGCCCUACUUACUCUUCUCUGUGA